AAAUUGAGUAUUAUUAUCAGUGGGUGGCAGGCACGGAGAGAGAGUGAGUCUGAGUCUGAAAUCUUCAAGGGCAAGUCCUCCUCGAUCCGCCAUGUUCUUCAGAUUCUCUCUCUUGUUUCUCUUCCUCUCUGCGGCGGCCUUCGCUUCCGAGUCAGAUCACAGGUAUCAACAAGAUGACCCGGUUACCCUUUGGGUGAACAAAGUUGGUCCGUAUAAUAAUCCACAAGAAACAUACAACUAUUACAGCCUCCCAUUUUGCCGUCCACCUGGUAGUGCUGGACACAAAUGGGGUGGUCUCGGUGAGGUCCUGGGUGGCAAUGAACUCAUUGAUAGCCAAAUUGAGAUCAAGUACCUAGUAAAUGUGGACAAGACCACCUUUUGCCGUUUGAGUCUCAAUGAGGCAAAUGUCAAACAGUUCAAAGAUGCAAUCGAGAAUAAUUACUGGUUUGAAUUCUUCAUGGAUGAUCUUCCAUUAUGGGGGUAUGUUGGCGAGCUACAUCCUGAUAAAAACAGUGACAAUGGAAAGCAUGUCCUUUACACACACAAGAACGUCAUUGUUAAAUACAAUAAGGAUCAGAUCAUUCAUGUGAAUCUUACUCAUGAAGACCCAAAGUCUUUGGAAGUAGGAAGAUCUUUGGACAUGACAUAUUCCGUCAAAUGGAUUCCUACUAAUAUCACUUUCAGACGCCGAUUUGAUGUAUAUCUAGACUAUCCGUUCUUUGAGCAUCAGAUUCAUUGGUUCUCCAUUUUCAACUCUUUCAUGAUGGUCAUCUUUCUAACUGGAUUGGUGUCAAUGAUAUUAAUGCGGACUUUGAGAAAUGACUAUGCUAAGUAUGCUCGGGAAGAUGAUGAUUUGGAAACUUUGGAAAGAGAUGUUAGUGAAGAAUCUGGCUGGAAACUUGUGCAUGGUGAUGUUUUUAGGCCUCCUCGCUAUUUGAUUCUUCUUUCAGCAGUUGUUGGCAUAGGUGCUCAGCUUGCAACGCUGGUUCUUCUUGUCAUCUUGUUAGCUAUUGUUGGGAUGCUGUAUGUUGGGCGAGGAACCAUUGUCACAACCUUCAUUGUAUGUUAUGCUCUCACGUCAUUCAUUGCUGGUUAUGUGAGUGGGGGGAUGUACUCGCGAAAUGGGGGUAAAAAUUGGAUUAAAUCCAUGAUUCUCACAGCUUCACUGUUCCCAUUCUUGUGCUUUGGAAUUGGAUUUAUCUUAAACACAAUUGCUAUAUUCUAUGGAUCUCUAGCAGCCAUCCCCUUUGGUACAAUAGUUGUUGUCUUUGUUAUAUGGGCUUUUAUCUCUUUCCCUCUAGCACUUCUUGGCACAGUUGUUGGAAGAAACUGGAGUGGCGCUCCAAAUAAUCCCUGUCGUGUAAAGACCAUUCCUCGUCCCAUUCCUGAGAAGAAGUGGUACCUCACACCCUCUGUAGUUUCUAUGAUGGGAGGAUUGCUUCCCUUUGGCAGCAUAUUCAUUGAGAUGUAUUUUGUAUUUACUUCCUUCUGGAAUUACAAGGUGUACUAUGUCUAUGGCUUCAUGCUACUGGUUUUUAUAAUUCUUCUCAUUGUUACCGUAUGUGUGACAAUCGUGGGGACAUACUUUUUGUUGAAUGCUGAGAACUACCACUGGCGAUGGACUUCUUUCUUUUCAGCUGCCUCAACAGCAGUUUAUGUGUAUUUGUACUCAAUAUACUACUACUAUGUGAAGACAAAGAUGUCAGGCUUCUUCCAAACCAGCUUCUAUUUUGGAUACACUUUGAUGUUUUGUCUAGGACUGGGAAUUCUCUGUGGAGCUGUGGGUUAUCUUGGUUCGAAUUUGUUUGUGAGGAGGAUCUACAGAAACAUCAAGUGUGACUAAGGCUUUUGUGCGAGUCUGAGUCGAGACCAGAGCAAUUUCAUAUGAUGGUUACGUUACGGGAGACAAUAAAUUGUUGAAGGAAAGCCUCUGGUCAUAUGUGGAGGACCAAAGCAUGUUUACAGGUUGUAUCACAGGGUUUUAAGGAUGGGGGAUGUAUUCUUUCUCUGUAUUAGGGAAGCCCUGAGAUUUUUUUCCCCUGGCUGUAAUUGAAAGCCUUUAGUGAAUGCAGGCAGGCACUACUAUAAUUUAGAUAGCAGCUAGCAAAAUAUCACUGUUGUGGUCACUUUUUUUAUCCUUUUAUAAAUAGGUACUCGAUUGAGGGGAUGAAGUAUCGGAAAUGAAUUUUGUGCUUCUGAAUUUUGUAUCAAAAUCUAUCUAUCUAUCCGUUCUAACAA